GGAGUAUUACUUUUGUAUUUUGUCCAUGUUUUCCUCAUAUUGGGCAAUGGGUACCAAAUAGGCCAUAGAAAGUUAGAAACUACCUCCUGCCUUCUUUUUUCAGCCGUAGCGCAUCAUACCUCGCAUCAUUCAGCCGUUUCAACAAUGGUUUCCAUCCUCUGACGUAGAGGAGCUUUGACAGCUUGCGCCUAUCGGCUGCCCACCUACUAAGGAGGAUGGAUGGUUCAAGUUCCCAAAUUGGUUGUAAUGUGGACUCUUUCCUGAGGAACUAUAAGCUUGGAAAAACUCUUGGCAUUGGUUCCUUCGGUAAAGUGAAAAUAGCUGAGCAUGCAUUGACCGGGCAUAAAGUUGCUGUCAAGAUUCUUAACCGCAAAAAGAUAAAAAAUAUGGAAAUGGAAGAAAAAGUCCGAAGGGAAAUCAAAAUACUGAGGUUGUUUAUGCAUCCUCAUAUCAUACGGCUUUAUGAAGUCAUAGAGACGACAUCAGAUAUCUAUGUCGUGAUGGAAUAUGUGAAAUCGGGUGAAUUGUUUGAUUACAUUGUUGAGAAGGGCCGUUUGCAGGAAGAUGAAGCCAGAAAGUUUUUUCAACAGAUCAUUUCUGGCGUGGAGUAUUGCCACAGGAAUAUGGUAGUCCAUAGAGACCUUAAGCCUGAAAAUCUUCUAUUGGAUUCCAAGUGUAAUGUUAAGAUCGCUGAUUUUGGAUUGAGCAAUGUUAUGCGCGAUGGACAUUUCUUGAAGACCAGCUGUGGCAGUCCAAAUUAUGCUGCUCCGGAGGUCAUUUCAGGAAAAUUGUAUGCUGGUCCCGAGGUUGAUGUGUGGAGCUGUGGAGUAAUCUUGUAUGCUCUUCUCUGUGGGACCCUGCCAUUUGAUGAUGAAAAUAUCCCCAACCUUUUUAAGAAAAUAAAGGGUGGGAUAUACACUCUUCCCAGCCAUUUAUCACCUGGUGCAAGGGAUUUGAUCCCAAGAAUGCUUAUUGUUGACCCAAUGAAGAGAGUUACUAUUCCUGAGAUUCGCACACACUCUUGGUUUCAAGCUCAUCUGCCACGUUAUCUAGCUGUUCCUCCACCAGAUACAAUGCAACAGGCAAAAAAGAUUGAUGAAGAAAUACUACAAGAAGUGAUUAAGAUGGGAUUUGAUAGAAACAACCUCAUUGAGUCUCUUCGCAACAGAGUGCCAAAUGAGGGAACUGUUGCUUACUAUUUGCUACUUGAUAACCGCUUUCGUGCUUCCAGUGGCUACCUGGGUGCUGAAUUCCAGGAAUCGAUGGAAUAUGGUUUCAACCCUAUGAACUCAAAUGAUUUUGUAGGGUUAUCUUCUGGGCAACACUUCGCUGGGAGUAUUGAUUAUCAACCGGUUGGUGCAAGACAACAGUUUCUACUUGAAAGGAAAUGGGCUCUUGGGCUGCAGUCCCGAGCUCAUCCGCGUGAAAUAAUGGUGGAAGUCCUUAAAGCCCUACAUGUGUUGAAUGUCUGUUGGAAAAAAAUAGGGCAGUACAACAUGAAAUGCCGGUGGACUCCAAACCUUCCCGGUUACUAUCAUGGAGCGUUGAAUGUGUCAUUGCAAAGUAAUAAUUACUUCGAAGAUCAAUCUGCUAUCAUAGAAAAUCAAGGUGCUUCUAGAUCGGCGAAUGUUGUCAAGUUUGAAGUGCAGCUGUACAAAACUCGGGACAACAAGUACCUCCUGGAUUUGCAAAAGGUGCAGGGUCCGCAGCUCCUCUUCUUGGAUAUUUGCGCUGCUUUCCUCUCGCAGCUUAGGGUUCUCUGAAGCAGCAGGAGCUUGUUUUGCUCAGAGUGCUAACCCUUGGUGAAUGUGGUAGUGUACAUAAUGGUAAUAUUGUGGAGUUGUUGACUCUUCCCUUUUUGUCCUCCGUCCCCCAAACAUCUGCAUCUGAAUUGCCACCCUGAGUUUCAGUGGGGGGGGUCUCCCCCUUGUUGAUCCUCAUGUAUCGGGACAGCUUCUUCCUCAGAAUCAGUUUUUUGCUGGGAGGUAUCAGCUUCUGAAAACUGGUCCUGAUUCUACUUCUGAUUCUACUGAAAACACUCCUAAAUCGUCUAUGGUGUAUUGGUGUUGUGGCAAAAGUAGGUCUGUCUUCUCAUCGGUCAUUGCAUCUAGUAUCGCUCAUGGCUCGGCACAAAGAUGUUGAUCCAAUGGGGCAUUUUACAUGACUUUUCCAUGACUUCGAGAAGUAAAAGAAUUAAAACUUUCUUCUUACGGUUACAUGAUGGACUAUCUAAAUCAAUAGGAUUAUGAUUUAUGAAUAACAAUAAAACUACUUCCUCCAUCCCAAAACAUACUUCCUAGUUUGACUUGACACACUUAAUAAAAAAGUGAUAAUAAAAUGAAAAUGUAUAGUUGUA